GUUGUUAUGAUCUUGUUGUGGCAUUGUUAUCGUCAACUAAACUCAACAAGGCAAAAGGUGGGCUGUAUAUGAACAAUCGUCGUGCACGAAAAAAGGACAAUGUUUUCGGCAUCUUAUAUAUCGUACUGAUUUCCUGGGCGCCUCGUGUCUCAAAUAUUCAUCGCCAAGAGACCCAUCGGUUUGGCUACUCCUGAACAACUUGUCCGGUAGCAUAGCAGUGCUAGUUACCUCACCCCGAGUCGUCUUAACGCUAGACCUUUCGUUGUUCAGUGACGGACCGUAUAUCGCCAACGAUGGCAGAGUACACCGGCCUGGAGCCAACAGACAAUUUUGCCGAUGAUGGGAAUAUCUUUGAGAAUGUCAACUUCAACGAAGCGGAAUUCGACGAUGAAUACUUCUCUACUUUCUUUGCCUCUGAACCACAAGGUUCUAACCCAGAUCUUGUACAGCAGGAAGAUAUCCAGAAAGCGCCUCGCCAGUCUUCCCCGAAGUGUAUAGAUCCGAAGAUGCUGAGUAACGAUUAUGAUGCUACUGAAGAUGUUGCGUCUCAGCAACAACCACCAGCGAAUCAUGAUACGAAUUACCUUCUAGCCGACCCUAUGGCCGAUUAUACGGCCAGCCCCGUGGUCAACACUGUGGUCAACCCUAUGGCCGACCCUACUUUUGCGAAUGGUAAUGUUUUCUACCCUGUCCCCUACCCCUAUGGGCCAAACUCCGCUCCUCCAAUGAAUUUGCCACAAAAUGCUUUUCCGUAUCAGUUUAUGCCUCCAACUAACCCCGGAUACUUAGGCCACGGAGCUGGAUACCCAGCUAAUAUGUACCCGGUAUACGUUAUGCCAUAUCCACCACCUACGUCGACGUACCCAGCAGCCGCACCAGAGGCUCUACCCCCGAAUGCACAGCCGAUAAUGCAAUUUGUACCCGGGAAUGAUCCACGACAUCAAGACAUGCCCCCAGCGCCCUCGUUCGACUCAUCUUCUGUGGAUCUAAGACUCGUUAAAGGCCGGCGGAGUAGAAUUCCUUCUCCUAUCAUCGUCUACGGCGAUCCGCCUCUGAAACGACCUCUUAAAGGACCCAAUGGGGAGGCUCUCAAGAACGACAGAAUCCCCCGAGUCACCCGGAAGAAUCAGCCGCGACCCAACCCCCGAGACUGGUAUGGGCCUCCGCUAACCCCACCCGAAAGCUGGGGACCGAAAGACAAGACCGGCCGUCCUCUAUUUAGGUACACGGACUAUGGUGAACUCGAGCGGGGUAGGACUUACACUCAGAAGGAGAUGCGCUGGUAUCUCUACGGUCCUAAAGUCCACGAAAAGUUUAAGCUCCCUAAGCCUCUACCGAACACACCAAGGGUUGAGAACAAAAGUCGCCAGGGCCUGACGAUCUGGAUCGGUUGGGUACCGCCGCAAUCCAACGAUCGAUACCCUCACCCGUCCCAAUCUCAGAGAUGUCGGUUCGCGGACUGCCCUGAUCCUCACCAAACGAUUAGGACGGGAUUUCCGCGUGUCAUCUUUGACGAGCGGACGAACUUGGAUGGGGAUGCUAUCGACCCUUUCUUCAAUGCCGGAUACGCGCAUUUGUUUUGCUUCGAAAAGCACUUCGAUCUCAUCCAGGCUUUCCAUCAUCUCGACAUCCGUCCCGACUAUCGAGACUUCAAGCGCGAGAAUAAUCUAGGGAAAUUAUCACGACAGUUCCCCGAGAUCCACAAUGAACUCGACAUCUGGUGGCGAGAGCAACACCCUAAAUUUGUAGAGCAUGGUAAAAAUAGGGAUCGUUCUUAUGAGCAAUCCCUGAGUUACCGUCUCGUCUGCCAUACACUAAGACAUAGUACCGAUGGCCGUGUCAAGAUGCGGGAAGUCAGAGCCGGCGCUGACAUGUCAAAGCAUAAGGGAGAUCUCAACGAGCUGCUUUUUCUCAAGGAUUGCAUGUUAGAGGGCUUAGUCGAUGAGAACGGGGAUGCGGUUCCCGGCGCCCGUGAAAUGAUGGAACAGAUAAGGGCACAGGGUAAGAGAAAGAAGAAAGGAGGAUUCAAAAGAGCCGGGAACUCAAAAGUUUCUGCCCCGGGGGGCCAAGACCCAAGCCAAACCCCGCAAAGCGCACAGUCUGAUCCUUAUACAUCUGGCUUCACCCCUACAACUGAUUACAUCCCGAUGCCUCAAUCUCCUGAAGAGUCCCCAGCCGCUCGCGACGUUAUGUCCACGACAGCGACGAAUGUCAAUCAGACGAUAGUAGCAGCCUCGAUGUACCAACCAGGUCCAGACCCUCUAGACCUACCGCGAAAGCGGAGCAGGGACGUAGUGGCGUCUGAAGACCAACAAAGUGGUUAUUCUAACGACAAAGAACAGGCUCAAGAGCCCCCGAGCAAGAAGCGGAGACUAUCUCGCCCGGCAAGCCCAGAACCAAGUCCCCCAACUGAUCAAGUGCCACUGCCUCAUGACGCUAACCAGCAGCCGCAGACAGACAAUAUUGAUUGGUCACCAGCGGGAAUGGAAGAAUUCGACGGCUUACCAAGUCUCUUUUCAUCUCCAGGUGCAAACAUGGACUUUCACGACGAAGUUGAUUUAGACGACGUCGCCGCUUUCAGCUUGAUCGAUGCCGAGAUGCCCAGCGGUAAGUAUCCUACUGGUGACAACAUUGACAAAGUCGCAGAAACCGGGAUUGACGGUACAUUCGACCUAGAGCUCGGGGAAGGCGAGGACCUUUUCGGUGAACUUGAUGACGCUGAUGUUUAGAAUGGGGACGCCGAAUAACACGCCCCUUGACGAGGCACCUCCGGGAUUGGUUGCCCCGGGGGCAAACAUCGGAGAGGAGCUCCAGGGCAAUGAAGUUUUGGACCACCCGUGAGACUGAACUCUCACUAUUAGGCAUCAGCUGAAUGAGGUAAGGCUUAAGAGGUGAGUUAUGAGUGACGAGAAAGCGAGUUAUACCAUAUACCCAACGAAGUUUAAGAGCAAAGGAGUACGGCAAAUCUGUUUACUAGGU